CCUUGCUGACCAGGCUAAUGCUUUCGCUGGAAGCAAGAGAGUGCCUUCCAUAAAUUUAUAAUUAUUUUUAGGACUUACCGCUGGGAAAGAACAACUUUUUUUUCCGUAAAAUCCUGCGUGGGGCGCGGGACGUUUUUUCCUUCAUGGCGAUUUGCAAAGCUCCUAUCGAGCCCGCCUCUUUAAAAAAGGAUUACGGGAGUAAAUGGAGGGUUGUUAAAAAGACAGAGGUUUAUAAAGGUUUACCAAAAGAUUCUCCUUACUUAAACAGUUUAAAAACAGGUGAACCUGUUAAAGAGGAAUGCGAAGAUGAGUUUGUCAUUGUACCGAAGGAAUUACCUGAUUCUUUGGAUUAUUUUAUAAACAAUGAGAAUGUAGAAAAUUAUUUUUUUUUGGUUGUAACUUUAAGUCCUUGGGUAUUAUUUGGGAAAGCCUCGAAGCGCGAGCCAUAUCGUGUUUUAUUUAAAUCGGCCGUUUAUCCUAGUCUUGAUGAUCAGAAAUAUAGAAUUGUAGCGCAAGCGGUUUCACUUUUGGAAAUAAUAAAAGACUACGAUUUUUUGACUCGAAGUCUCAGCCCAAUAUUAAAAGCAGAUCCUUGUUUGGGUCAAAACUUAAAACACAUGCUUUUAAAGUUAACCAAUCCUGAAAAACAUUCGGUUUGCGUUGCGAGAAAAAGCACAAUGGAAGCCAAAACACUGGGACCUUAUUUUGUUAAGAAGGUUCUGGGCAUCGGCACUUUUGGGAAGGUCAAACUGGCAGCCCACAGACUCAGUAAAGAGCAGGUGGCCAUCAAAAUGGUCAGCCACCAUUCGGCCGCUCUUAUCGAAAGCAACGAGAAGGAAAUUGCUAUAUUAGAGUCUUUGCAUCAUCCUUUUAUUAUUGGCGUAAAGGAAGUCAUACAAACUCGCAAAUAUAUGUGUAUUGUUCUGGAAUAUGCCGAGAACGGUGACUUGUUGGAUUAUAUAAAUGCUAAAUGGGAUAGAAAACUUUCUGAGCCAGAAGUGAAAAGAUUCUUCUUUCAAAUUUGUUGUGGAGUUUCGUACUUGCACGAUAAUAAUAUUGUUCAUCGCGAUUUGAAACCGAAUAAUAUUUUACUUGAUGAAAAGUUUAACUGCAAAAUAUCGGAUUUUGGUCUUUCAAAAAAAAGCGGAGACGUUAAUAACAUGACUACUGCUUGCGGCUCGCCUAUUUACGCUGCUCCCGAGCUUCUUUCCAAAAACUUUUACGGUCCUUCAGUGGAUAUAUGGAGCAUCGGAGUGAUUUUGUAUAACUUAUUGUUCGGGAAAAUGCCUUUUGAUUUGGACACAAACUUGAGCGUUCACGUUAUAUAUAUGCGAAUACUGAAAGUAAGAACUCUCAAAGUCCCUUCGAACAUGCGAGUAUCAGGAGAGUUGCUUGACUUACUACGCCGGAUGCUCUGCAUUGAUCCUGAAAAAAGAAUAUCUAUUAAUGAAAUUCUUGAUCACGACGUCCUGCGAAAAGAAGUUCUUUACUAUCAAAAAACUUACGGAAACGAGUAUUCUAAAAAUAUCGAUAAAACAUUCUUUUUUGAUUUGGCUAAAAAUGUUGGGGAAAAAGUCCUGAAAAUUUAUGAAGAACUCGAGCUGGAAGGUGCUUCUGAUUGGAUAAAAGUUUACUUCCCUUACGGAGAGCCGCAGCCUCGCAGGCUCCGCUUUUGCGCGUCGAUGAAACUUUAUUGUGAUUUGUUGUUUUUAAAAAAACAAUUUUCUAAUUGGUGCAGAAUUUACGAUCAAAUAUUCACAAUAACCGAAAAAGUUUCUGUUUUGGAUGAAAAUUCGUAUAUUUUUAGAAGUUACGAGAAUCCUCAAAGUAUUAUGGAACGUUCGACGUUCAGUACUGUCACUUUACUUUCUCGUUCUGAACAAAGACUUUGUAGACAUAAAGAAGUUCUUGUUUAUAUUAUUCAUUCAGUAUCAACUUCGUUAUCUCCUUUACCUGAGAAUAUGCAUUUGGCUGAAGUCACCAAUAGCGGUUUUGUAUUUCAGCCAAUGGAAGAUAAUGUGACGCUUUGCACGUUUAUUUAUGACUUAAAGUUUUAUGGCGAAAUCUCCGACGAUGAACUAUCAUUAAUGAAAAAGAUGAUUCCCACAAGGACCAUGAAAAGAAUUUACUCCCACACCAAAGAACUUGCCGAUCUCGCUGGGAAAAAUAAAUUUCAUACACUAGUCACACUCAGCGGCCCCUAA